AUGGAGACUUUGACCUCAAGGCCUAGGGAGAGAGCUCUCCGUUCUCAAGCCUCAGCUCUUUCCCAGGAUGGGGAGGACAGGACAGUUUCAGUGAGCUUGUGUCAGUUCCUCCGUAGCGGUCAUUGUCCGCCACCUGUCUCUGGUUUCUGUAGUCCUGGCGUCACUGACUUGCCUGUUGGCUGGCUCAGCGUCAUUCCACGAUUUGCUUUUCCCAAAGAAGACUUGCGGAUGCUGUCUCCGCUGACCGUUUCUGUGCUGAACAAUGUCUGUGCCUUUAGGCGAACGGAAUUUGCGGAUGGCACGUUGGAGCCAUUGACCUUCAAGGACGUGGCUGUGGUCUUCACUGAGGAGGAGCUGAGGCUUCUAGACCCCACCCAGAGGAAGCUGUACCGAGAUGUGAUGCUGGAGAACUUCCAGAACCUGCUCUCUCUGGGAGACAAGAAUGAAAAGGAUCUGGAGUAUAUUCAAGAAAGGGAACUUAAGUGCCUUUCCUACAGAGAGCUGUCCUACUGGAAAAUCGGGGAACAGGCGGCUGGUGAAUUAACUGGGAGUCAAGACCGUAGAGUGAAUCUUCAAGGGAAGGAUUUCCAGUUCUCGGAAGACGCUUCUCCCUGCCAGGGCUGGGAAGGAGCAUCUCCUCGGGGUUCGCAAAUUGACAAUCUGGCCGGCGGUCUUCAAGGACCCAUCAGUUCGGAAAAUCAAGCGUUUCCACCCUGGAAAGCUCUAAGACCGGUAUCCGUUCAAGAAUCUUGGAUGAAAGCCUUUGUGAACGAGUCGUGGAAUGUUCUGGAAAGGUGUAAAAAACUUGACACGCAGGGUACAACGUAUAAACCUGAGUGGGACGGUUUCGGCUUCUGCUGGGUAUCACGUUGUCACGAUGACCACAGGUUACCAGAAAGAGAGAGACCGUGUGAUCGCGAGCGCUGUGGAAGAGACAGCCUGAAAAAGUCAACCCUCCGUCACCCUGCCCCGGAAGAGGAUGACCUGAGAAGCAGCGAACGCGGAGAUGGCCUCAGGGGCGCCUUGCACCUUCCCGCCCAGCCCAGAGCUCCCUGGAAAGAGAAAGUCCGUAGAUAUCCCGAGGGUGGUACGGGCUUGAGGCAGACCGCCCACCUCGAGAGGCCCCAGAGGACCCCCACGGACGAGAAACCCUCCAAGGGUAAGGAGCGCGCCCGGGGCCUCCGGCAGAACGCGCGCGGUCCCAGCCGGCCCCGGGCCCCCGCCGGGGAGAUGCCCUACCGAUGCGACGUGUGCGGGAAGGGCUUCCGGUAUCAGUCGAUUCUGCUCAUCCACCAGGGCGUGCACACGGGAAAGAAGCCCUACGCGUGUGAGGAGUGCGGGAAGGCCUUCGGUCGAAGCUCAAACCUGCUCGUCCACCAGCGGGUCCACACCGGGGAGAAACCCUACAAGUGCGGCGAGUGCGGGAAGGGCUUUAGCUACAGCUCGGUGCUGCAGGUGCACCGGCGGCUGCACACGGGCGAGAAGCCCUACGCGUGUGGCGAGUGCGGCAAGGGCUUCUACGCCAAGUCCGCGCUCCACAAGCACCGGCACGUGCACCCGGGGGAGAAGCCCUUUGGCUGCGGCGCCGAGUGCGGGAAGGGCUUCUCGUGCGGCUCCCACCCGAGCAGCCACCAGAAGGCGCACGCGGGGCAGAAGCCCUACCGGUGCGACCAGUGCGACAAGGGUUUCAGCUACAACUCGUACCUCCGGGCCCACCAGCGGGUUCACACGGGGCAGCGCCUCUUCGACUGCGACGUGUGCGGGAAGAGCUUCAGCUACAGCUCGGGGCUGCUCCGGCACCAGAGGCUGCACACGGGGGAGAAGCCCUACAAGUGCGAGUGCGGGAAGGGCUUCGGCCGAAGCUCGGACCUCCACGUCCACCAGAGGGUCCACACCGGGGAGAAGCCCUACAAGUGCGGCGAGUGCGGGAAGGGCUUCCGGCGCAAUUCGGACCUUCACAGUCACCAGAGGGUCCACACGGGGGAGAGGCCGUUCGUGUGCGACGCGUGUGGGAAGGGCUUCAUUUACAGCUCCGACCUCCUCAUCCACCAGAGGACCCACACCGGCGAGAAGCCCUACAAGUGUGCCGAGUGCGGCAAAGGCUUCAGUUACAGCUCGGGGCUCCUCAUCCACCAGAGGGUCCACACCGGCGAGAAGCCCUACAAGUGCGAAGCGUGCGGGAAGGGUUUCCGGUGCACGUCAAGCCUCUACAAACAUCAGCGGAUCCACACGGGGAAGAAGCCGUACACGUGUGAUCAGUGUGGCAAGGGCUUCAGUUACGGCUCAAAUCUUCGCACCCACCAGAGACUGCACACGGGGGAGAAACCCUACACGUGUUACGAAUGUGGCAAGGGCUUCAGGUACGGCUCUGGUCUCCUCAGUCACAAGAGGGUGCACACCGGAGAGAAGCCCUACAGAUGCGACGUGUGUGGGAAGGGCUACAGUCAGAGCUCACAUCUUCAAGGCCACCAGAGGGUCCACACUGGGGAGAAGCCCUACAGAUGCGAGGAGUGCGGGAAGGGCUUUGGGCGAAGCUCCUGUCUUCACGUCCACCAGAGGGUCCACACCGGCGAGAAGCCCUACAAGUGCGGGGAGUGCGGGAAGGGCUUCAGUUACAGCUCAGGGCUGCGGAAUCAUCAGCGAGCGCACGCUGGCGAGAAACCGGAGAAACAGACACGCGCUGAGGCAGAACUCAGAACUUGA